GAGACCUGUAGUUCCGCCUGGGGGUCCGGCGCCCGCCGCUCCCCCGGGGGCCCGUCGCCCCGCCCGGGGGCCCAAGGCCCGCCGCCCCGCCCGGGGGCCCGGUGCCCGCCGCCCCGCCCAGGGGCCCGGUGCCUGCCGCUCCGCCUGGUGGCCCGCUGCCUGCCGCUUCGUCUGGUAGGCCCGAUGUGCCUCUGCCCGGAGUCCAGCCCGAUGUGCCUCUGCCCGGAGUCCAGCCCGAUGGCCCUCUGCCCGGAGUCCAGCCCGGUGUGCCUCUGCCCGGAGUCCAGCCCGCCGCCCGAUGUGCCUCUGCCCGGAGUCCAGCCGCCC